AUGGCUUUCGACAUGUCAGCCUGUGCCGUCCCGCACUACGACCUGCGCCUCGCCAGAGAUGGCUAUGCAUACAAGGAGAGCGAGUUUGAGGAAUGGUAUCCGUCGGAGUGGCGUGAGGAGUGGAAGCUCGCCAAGGAGCUACCGGUGACUCACAGUUUGCCUCAUGGCCUUAAGUUGGGCAAGGUGGAGAAGACCUUGGUGGAAUCCGUGCUUCAAGAACUGUCGCCAUACAUUCCGAAGAAAGAAGAGCGGUCACCACACCGCCGGACGGCCGUGGAGUUUGGCUGGACAUAUGAAGGCUCCUAUGACGCAGAACCCGGAUGGUCGGACACAUCUGUCCCCAAGGCGAAGGCAGCAUUGCCAUUGUCUGGCUUUCCGCAGCUGCGUGACAUGGUCUCCGGGGUUAUGAACAUGCUGGACAUCUCUAAGCCUGUCGACGAGCAUCGCUUGAACGUGAGGUGCUUGCUGUACUCAGCAGGGAACUACAUCCCCUUGCACACUGACCGGCCCCACAUUUACAGAGACGUGGUGUUCGGGUGUGUGCUUUUCAACAGUUCUGACAGCGUCCUCGAGUUUCACGCUACGGACUUUUGUGGAAGACCGAUGCGGCGCUACAUGAUCCACGAAGAAGUUGGCUGCUGCUUCCUGCAGCAGGACGAUGCGAGGUACAGCUGGAAGCACGGCGUCCCGCCUCUGAGCCGUGGUGAGCGCAUUUCAGUUACAUGGCGUUGGUUCUUAGACACAGUGGAGCUGGAGCAACGACAUGACUCCAGUUUGCCCGGAAACUUCAGUAGUGUGUAG